UCUCAGUAGAAUUACAAACUUAACGGAACGUGCACCGAUUGAGAGGGAACAUAUAUUCUCAUAGGAGUGAUUCUUUUUUUUCAGUUCUGAAAUGACCGGAUUAUCUAUUUGUUUCACGUGGGCCUUGGCAGCUUUUGUUUUCGUGACACCUGCACAGUCCUCUCCAGUUAUCGGCCCGGAACCUAUCCGCUGCGCUCCUUGCACUCCAGAACAGCUCAGUCAGUGUCCCGCAGUGCCCACAAACUGCCGUGAGGUGCUUAGAGAACCAGGCUGCGGAUGCUGUUUCGCUUGCGCUCUGGAGAGAGGAGAUCCCUGCGGUGUCUACACGGCACACUGCGCCACCGGCCUACGUUGUUCUCCGCGACCAGGAGACCCAAGACCCCUCCACUCACUUACCAGAGGACAUGGUGUCUGCACAGAUCUGGAUGGGGGUGAAGAUGAGGGUACAGACCACGGGUCCAUUCAUCACUAUCUGGGCCUGAACAAACCGCUGGACGCUGUGGAUGCCCAGGAGAGCUUGAAGGCAAAAGUGAACGCUAUCCGAAACAAACUUGUCCAGCAGGGUCCAUGCCAUGCUGAACUGCAUGCAGCCUUGGACAUGAUUGCCACAUCCCAACAGAAACUGGGAGAAAAAUUUACAAGCUUCUACCUCCCCAACUGUGACAAGCAUGGUUUUUACAAAGCCAAGCAGUGUGAGACAUCUCUAGUGGGACAGAGUGCACGCUGUUGGUGUGUGUCACCAUGGAAUGGCAAACAGAUUCCGGGAUCCAGUGACAUUCCUGGAGAGGCUCAGUGUCAUCAGGAAGUCACUCAUUAAAGAUACUUAAAGCCAGACACACGUGCGCACACACACACACACACACACACACACACACACACACACACACACUACACUUAUCCACACACAAACUCUGACACAC